AAAAAAAGAAUAAAACUCACUGGACCCACGCUGUAGGUUCUGUUGGGGCCGCAGACUGAGGCCAGGCGUCCCGCCCCCAGCACCCCACGAGCCAAUGAGAGUGCUGUUCCUCCAGCGUCGCGUGGGCCGACCGUGGGAAGGCAGCAACCCCAGUGAGGCAGGACCGGCGUGAGAAGGGCCAGUGUGUUGGUAUACAACAUCCCAUAAUCUCAGGCCUAGCUAGGCCUGAAUGUAAACGUUUUCUGUUACUGUUACUUUAACUGACUUUGAUACUAUUUCCGUUGGCUAAGUUAAUUUGCAUAUUCUGCCUACGUGGCUGAAUAUCAUUGGCUAGUACAUCAACCUACUAAAUAAAAGGGGGUUGAAAAGGCAGCUCUCCAGUGGGCCACAACACAAAAACCUCCGGAGACAGUCACGUGAUCCUCCCCAAAAUGUAUAUUUCUUCUGCUGAGUGAAAUGCCUGGGACUGUCAAGUAAAACUGCAACAUUGUUGCAACACGGUGCCUGCUGUGCGCCUGGCGCCUUAACACCAGCCCGCGCUGCGUCCAGCCAGGCGUCCAGCGGGCCUCAGGGCGAGGGUCAGCUGGGCCCUCCCGCGCACGCGGCGGAUCGUCCUCCCCCCUCCCGCGGUGCUCCUCCAGAGAUGACCGCUCCUCCCUCGUCCCAGCCUGCAGGGGUGCGAGAUGCCGCCUUAGUGCAGCUGGGCGCGGCUGAGGGCCCUGCAGAGCCCAGACGGCGUUUGCGUGUCUGCUCGGGCGCCUCGUCACGAGUGGGAACGUGGGGCGAAAAGGCCCCUCGGCUGCCAGGCGCUCGCUGGCGGGGUCAUGCAGCCCGAAGCCUGUCCACCGGGCGACUGUGGUCCUCCAGAUUCUGCCCCGGGGGCCAGAGCGGUAGUACAGGAGCAGGGUGCUUGCCUUGGUACCUGCCUCUGAGGCAGUGGGUGCGGUGGCGCCCACCUCUGGGGCGGUGAGUGCGGGGCACCCGCCUUGCCAGGUUUUCCUGCCCAAGGGUGGGAUCUCCCACAGGAGCGGGCGCAGGGAGAUGCAGAGAAGUGGGCCGCUGGGAGCUAGGCGUGAGAACUGGCUUGCUGGGGCCCAAGGUGAGGCCAGGGAGAGGGUGUCUGAGGGCGGAGGUGAGGGUGUCUGAAGGCGGAGGUGAGGGUGUCGCAGUCCCGCAGUCCUGGCGCUGCCCUGCUGGGCUCUGCCAAGUCGGGGAAGCCCCCGGGGUCCUGCCGCCCCGCCCCCCCACCUGCGAAGGGCGCAGUCGUGCUUUGGGGAGGCGGGGCGGGGUCCGGGCAGGGGUAGGACGCGUCGGGCGCGCGGUCCUCCAUCCUGUCCCCCGUGCCCUUCCUCGCCCGCGCCCAGCACCAAGCGCUCCGCCUCCCCCGCACCGCGUCCAGGCGCCCCGGCCUUGCUGACGCCACAAAGGCCCGGCCGGACCCCAGCCCCGCUCGGCUCUGGUCCGGCUCCGGUUCCGCCCUGGCCGGGCUCGCGCUCCGGCGCCUCUUUGCUUCCCAGAAGUGGCCAUGCUGGGUGCGGGCCCGGGAGGGGAGGAAGGGGAGGGUGGUCCAGGUCCGCGGCCGCCCUGUGCGCCAACCCCCUGGCUCCCGUGGGGGUGCCCAGCGCAGCGGUCCCGCGCGGACACGCGACCCAGGCCGCGGGUGGGGAGAGACAGGAGGGAGCCGCGCCACUGCCGGGCCUGGGGGACUCGGCCCGGGCACCCUUGGGACGGGGGCGCAGGCUACGGAGACGGGGCCAGCCCUCGCCUUGGCUCAGCCCCUUGCUGCACACUGAGGGGGGGAGGGGCUUAAGACCACUGCGGUGUGGGGGGCUGAUAAAUGGGGGUUCUCGCUGCCCACCUGUCUUCAGGACCCUCAGGUUUGGGCUGGGGCUUGACUGGACGCUGCGGACUCUGACGAGGCCGGGGUGAGGGUCUCUGUCCGCUCCCAGGUCAGGGCCCGCUCGCACCCUCUGGUUCCAACCUGAGCUUGGGCGCCUGUUCCCGCCAGGAGCCAUGGACGCGGUGGAGCUGGCCCGGAAGCUGCAGGAGGAGGCCACCUGCUCCAUCUGCCUGGACUACUUCACCGACCCGGUGAUGACCGACUGCGGCCACAACUUCUGCCGCGAGUGCAUCCGGCUGACCUGGGAGAAGGCCAAGGGAAAGAAGGGGCGGAAGAAGCACCGGGGCUCCUUCCCCUGCCCCGAGUGCCGGGAGCUGUCCCCCCAGAGGAGCCUGCGGCCCAACCGCCUGCUGACCAAGGUGGCCGAGAUGGCCCGGCAGCACCCGGCGCACCAGCGCAGCGAGCUCUGCCCCGUGCACCAGGAGCUGCUGAAGCUGUACUGCCAGGACGACCAGGGCCCCAUCUGCGUGGUGUGCAGGGAGUCCCGGGAGCACCGCGCGCACAUGGUGCUGCCCAUCGAGGAGGUCGUGCAGGAGUACAAGCAGAGGCUGAAGGAGGACCGGGAGCAGCUGCGGGCAGAGAUGGCCAAGACCCGGGAGCUGCAGGCGGAGAAGGAGCAGAGCUUGGCCGCGUGGCAGGAGCAGGUGGAGGAGAGGCGGGAGCGCAUCACGGCCGAGUUCCAGAAGGUAAGCGUCCUGCUGGAGGACGCGCGGGGCCGCCUGCUGCGGGAGCUGCAGCAGGAGCAGGAGGAGACAGAGGCGCGGUUGCAGGGGGCCAGGUCGGCGCUGGAGCAGCAGGGGCAGGCCCUGGAGACGCUGCUGCUGCAGCUGGAGGACCAGGAGGGCCAGGCGCCUCUGCAGAUGCUGCAGGAUAUGAAGGACCCCCCGGAUAGGAAGAAAAGCGUGAGCGUGCAGUACCCCGAGAAGGUGCCCGCCUCGCUGAGGACCGUCUGCCGGGUCCCGGGGCAGAUCGACGUGCUCAAGAGCUUCCAGGACCACGUGCUGCCCGACCCCGCCUCGGCCUACCCCUACCUGCUGCUGUACGAGAGCCGGCAGCGGCGCUACCUGAGCGCGGCGGGCCCGGGCCAAGGCCAGGAGCGCUUCCUGGCCUACCCGUGCGCCGUGGGCCUGGAGGCCUUCUCGUCGGGCCGCCACUACUGGGAGGUGGGCGUGAGCCUGGCCGGAGAGGCGCCCUGGGCGCUGGGCGUGUGCCGCGACGACGUGAGCCGGCGCGAGCGGGUGCCCAAGUCCCCCGAGAACGGCUUCUGGGUGGUGCAGCUGUCCGCGGGCGCGCGGCCGGCGGCGGCGGGGCCAGCGCGCGCCCCGGUCACGCUCGCCGAGCCCCCCAGCCACAUGGGCGUCUUCCUGGACUUCGAGGCGGGCGAGGUGUCCUUCUACAGCCUGCGCGACGGCGCGCACCUGCACACCUACGCCCAGGCCGCCUUCCCCGGCCCGCUGCGCCCCUUCUUCUGCCUGGGCGCCCCCAAGUCGGGCCAGAUGGUCGUGUCCACCGUGACGCUGUGGGUGAAGGGCUAGGGCGGGGGGCGGGGAGAGCCCGUCCGGGGACGUGCGGGCACGCGGGGGCUGACCACGAAUAAAGCAGGACGCGAUGAGCCCGCGAGUGCGCCGACCCUGCGGGGGAAACGCGGCGGGGGCUUCCGGACCCACAUCGUCUAGACCCCGUGGGGCGCCAGCUCCGGAGGGGGGGGCGUCUCUGCGGGCGGCCACGCGGGCGCCAGCGCGGCCCUCGCCGGGGCGGAACCGAAAGGCGGCCGGCGCGCGGCGGCGCCCGGAC